AUGAUCCUGGAGGACCUGGAGAAUGCCCUGGCCGAGCACGCACCCCGGGGGGAACUAACCUCCGAGCUGCCCCCCCUCACCAUUGACGGCAUCCCUGUCUCUGUGGACAAGAUGACACAGGCCCAGCUGCGAGCGUUCAUCCCAGAGAUGUUGAAGUAUUCGACGGGCAGGGGCAAGCCUGGCUGGGGCAAGGAGAGCUGCAAGCCCAUCUGGUGGCCAGAGGACAUCCCCUGGGCCAACGUGCGCAGCGACGUGCGCACUGAGGAACAGAAACAGAGGGUGUCGUGGACGCAGGCGCUGCGGACCAUUGUGAAGAACUGCUACAAGCAGCAUGGACGCGAGGACCUGCUGUACGCCUUUGAGGACCAGGUGCCACAGCACACGGCCAUGACGACAGCCACCCACAGCAUCACCCACCUGGUGCCCUCACAGACCGUGGUGCAGACCAUCAGCAACCCCGACGGCACCGUCUCCCUCAUACAGGUGGGCACAGGGCAGACGGUGGCCACUCUGGCCGAUGCCUCGGAGCUGCCAGGCACAGUGACCGUGGCCCAGGUCAACUACACUGUGAACGACGGAGAGUUGAUGUGUGGUGAGCUUUCUGGCGCAAAGGGGCAGUCCAGACCACACCCAGGUGGGUUCUACACAUUGGUCAUGGAUGAGAAUAUGUCGGUGUGUCGCACGUUACCGAUGGAGGUGUCGCCACAGUUUAUUGUUGAGCAGAACUGGGCGACUCUGCAGGGUGGGGAGAUGACCAUACAGACCACACAGGCGUCCGAGGCCAAUCAGGCGGUCGCGUCCCUCGCUGAGGCCGCUGUCGCCGCCUCCCAGGAGAUGCAGCAGGGAGCCACCGUCACCAUGGCACUUAACGGUGAGGCUGCGGCCCAUGCAGUGGCGACGCUUGCUGAGGCCACCCUACAGGGAGGAGGUCAAAUCGUUCUGGCCGGGGAAACGGCGGCUGCUGUAGGGGCACUGACUGGAGUGCAGGAUGGCAGCGGCCUGGUGCAGAUCCCAGUCAGCAUGUACCAGACGGUGGUUACCAGCCUAGCCCAGGGGAACCGGCCCGUACAAGUGGCCAUGGCGCCUGUGGCCACACGCAUCGACAACACGGUCACACUGGACGGCCAGGCGGUAGAGGUAGUGACUCUGGAGCAGUGACACUGAAUCCUCCCUUGGCAGGUGUGUUCCACUGGAACAAAGUCCCAAAAUGGCCACCGCCGGGAGCUGAGGGAGGGAUAGUCCGUUUUCACCAUAGAGAUAGAUAGAGGGCUCAUCUUUGUAUCUAUGCCAUUAUAGCAUCUGACAGCAUGGGCAGUGCCAUUGAGGCCAUCUCCAUUUCUGAAUUAGUCCGUUUUCCUCUUCACGAUUGACUGAUCCCUCCUGAUAACCCGGUUUGACAUUACUCUGUCAGUGGAGGAUCAGCCCAUGAAAUUGGAAGUCCCCCCCCCCGUUUGACUACAUUAAAAUGGUGGAAGCCCUAAAUGGCACUGCCCAUGCUAAUACAGCCUUUUGGCCAGUAGAGGCCUCUAUCAUUCUCUAUGGUUUCCACAUGCUGCGCUCUGUACAAUGUAAAAAUAUAUAUUUUUAAUGUACAUCUGCAGGGGAAUAUAAAGUGACGGAUUUAUCAAUGCAUUGUUUACUAUGUGUGUGUGUGUGUGUGUAUAUAGUAGAUGUGUUUUUUUGUUUGAAUGUCCUUUUUUAGCUUUGAUGUUGAGCAUUGUGUGACAUGGGUUAGAGAGUAUUUAGUAUUUAUUUCUGCACACCUUAACAUUUACUUAAAGAAUAACCAAAAAGCCAAGGGGGACGCCACCAAUUCACCUUUCAUUCUGAACCUAUAUCACAGUCCCAUUGAUGACGUUUUGGUACUAUGUCUAUGUGAGUGUUAUUCCAUGUUUGUUAUAGAAUGCGGUUACCAAAUCACAAUCACUCUCUGCUCUGUUGUCAUGGACUUCAUAUGCAAUCAGGUUGUGCCAAAACCCAGGAACCUUUCCACUAAUUCCACCCCCUGCUAUAUUAGUCAAUGUUCUUCUUGUACCCUGGAUGUCUACGAAGCAUCCCAAUUAUCAACUGUCCCCUGUAAGAACCUUCACUGCCUAGAAUGAUUCCAAUGAAACAUUACUUCUGAAAUAUGUUACCUGUUGUUGUGUGGUUUAUUGUACUGUAGUCCACUCCACACACACACUGGGAUUUGUGAAGACUCAGGAUUUACUAGUACAGUAUUUUUUUGAUGACCUGUCUAGGCAGCCAUUUUGACUCCAGAGAAUAUCACAACUGGUGUCUCCAAUGCAUGUGUAGCUGUCCCUUGAGUCUUUUUUUAUUUUUUAAAAACAAAAACGCUCCUUUUGAUGUCAGUGGUAGGAACGUAUUCUAAAUCAUUUUAUAAAUUGGGGGGGGCCGUACUGUAUACUACAGAGCAUUCAAUGAUUUUUCUAUUUGUACAGAAUACGUGUGCAUUUGUCUGUUCUGAUAUGAUGGUAUGAAUAAAUUCAGCUCACUACAGAGAAUCCUCUCCGUAGAAUUAAUGAUUUAGGAAAUACAUUAGGUGACUGAAUUACACCAAGCAUGCAGUCCAUGUGAUCGCCCAAUAAAGUGACUACUGUUCACCGGU